GUCUGCGCGGGGGGUUGGCGCGGGGCUUUGCGGGGCUCCGCAUGGAGUAGCGGCCGCGGCGCAGCGCAGCGGAGCGGGGAACCCACCGCACCCCGGGCGCCCCGCGAUGUACUCCCCGUACUGCCUCACCCAGGAUGAGUUCCACCCGUUCAUCGAGGCGCUGCUGCCGCACGUGCGGGCCUUCUCCUACACGUGGUUCAACCUGCAGGCCCGCAAGCGCAAGUACUUCAAGAAGCACGAGAAGCGCAUGUCCAAGGACGAGGAGCGGGCGGUCAAGGACGAGCUGCUGGGCGAGAAGGCUGAGGUCAAGCAGAAGUGGGCGUCGCGCCUGCUGGCCAAGCUGCGUAAGGACAUCAGGCCUGAGUGCCGCGAGGACUUCGUGCUCACGCUCACGGGCAAGAAGGCGCCCUGCUGCGUGCUCUCGAACCCCGACCAGAAGGGCAAGAUCCGUCGCAUCGACUGUCUGCGCCAGGCCGACAAGGUGUGGCGGCUGGACCUGGUGAUGGUCAUCCUGUUCAAGGGCAUCCCCCUGGAGAGCACCGACGGCGAGCGGCUCUACAAGGCGCCCCAGUGCUCCAGCCCCGGGCUCUGCGUGCAGCCCCACCACAUCGGGGUCACCAUCAAGGAGCUGGACCUCUACCUGGCCUACUUCGUGCACACGCCCGAAUCCGGACAAUCAGACAGUUCGAACCAGCAAGGGGACGCUGAUAUCAAACCGCUGCCCAAUGGGCACUUAAGUUUCCAAGACUGUUUUGUGACCUCUGGCGUGUGGAGCGUAACAGAACUGGUCAGAGUGUCGCAGACUCCCGUGGCCACGGCGUCAGGGCCCAAUUUCUCAUUGGCCGACCUGGACAGCCCUGGCUACUACAACAUCAACCAGGUGACGCUGGGCCGCAGGUCCAUCACCUCCCCCCCCUCCACCAGCACCACCAAGCGCCCCAAGUCCAUAGACGACAACGACAUAGAGAGCCCAGUGGACGACGUCUUCUACCCGGGUACUGGACGGUCCCCCGCCGCAGGUAGCAGCCAGUCCAGCGGGUGGCCCAAUGACGUGGACGCAGGCCCCGCUUCUCUAAAGAAGUCAGGAAAGCUGGACUUCUGCAGUGCCCUGAGCGCGCAGGGCUCCCCGCGCAUGGCUUUCACGCACCACCCGCUGCCCGUGCUGGCGGGAGUCCGACCAGGGAGCCCCCGAGCGUCAGCGGCCUCAGCUCUACACUUCCCCUCGACGUCCAUCAUCCAGCAAUCCAGCCCUUACUUCACACACCCCACCAUCCGCUACCACCACCACCACGGCCAGGACUCCCUCAAGGAGUUUGUGCAGUUCGUGUGUUCCGAUGGCUCUGGCCAGGCGGGCGGCCAGCCCAGCGGGAAUGGCCAGGGCAAAUUCCCGGGGUCCUUUUACCUCAAGCCGCCUCCUGCUGUGGCCAGACCAGUACCCCUUCCUUUGCCUGAGUCCAAAUCCACCAGCUCGGCCCCAGACGCCGCUGCCUUCACUCCUUCGUCACCUUCAUUCACAGCGACAGGCACCCCCCCUGCCAACCGGUUUGUCAGCCUCGGACCCAGGGACGGCAACUUUCUGAAUCCUCCUCAGUCUCAGUCCUGGUUCCUCUGAUGCGACCGAGAAUGACAGGAAAAAAAGAAAAUUUUAAAAGAAAAAAAAAAAAAAGAAAGAAGAACAAGAAUAAAAUGUUCCUUAUGAAGAAGAAGAAGAACAAGAAGAAAGAAGAAGGGGAGGAGGAGGAGGAGAAAAAAAAAAGUUUGUGUGUGUGAUAUGGAAACAAUCUCUCCCCCCACCCCACCCAGUCUCACCCCACGGAGAAAGAAAGAAAAAAGAAAAAAAGGAAAAAAAAAAGAGACAUCUUCUGCCGGACCCUUCUCUCCUCCAGCCUGCAGGAGGGGGGGGACCCCUCUUUCUGGCGCCACCCCCAAGGGGUCCUCCCCUCUCCAGAAGCACCAGCAGAAAUGGAUCAAACAGGACAGCAGGUGUCCCGGGGACCUGCCCUGGGUUGGGGGGUGAGGGAGGGAACCCCACGCCCCAUGAAGCAACCAGCAUCACCAUCUUUCUCUGAAGGGGCUUGGCCUCCCCCCCUCUCCUCUUUCCUGGGGCACCUCUGUCCUGGAGCCCUUUGGAGGACCAGCUGGUAAAAUAAUUGGGUGUCACAGGAGGAAGGGCUCCCCAUCUC